GCACUACCAUAUGUCGAGUCGAUUCCUGGCGGUCUUUACCCGGGCCGAGCAAUCGUUUUAAAAGGAGCUGUAGUGCAUGAACCGCACCAGAAACGUUUUGCCGUGGAACUUUGCUGCGGUCUGCUGGUGCAGGGUGAUCAUCAGGAUGACAAGGCAUUGCAUUUCAACCCUCGAUUCGAUGUCAAUAAUUCCUGGUUUGUUUUUUAGUGGUCCAUGAAU